AUGGAAGAAGAGAAUACAACUAGGUUUGAAAGGGUCGAAAGGACAGGAGAUGAGGUUAAUGUGGAAGAGCCAUUAUACCCUCCUGGAUUCACUCCACCUCAAGUUCAGGUUCAAGUUCCUCGGGGUAUACACAUACAACCACCAAGUGCACAGCCAUACUCCUAUGUCAAUCAUUUUACAAAUCAGCAGUCGACCCACUUGAAUGCCAAUUUGGGACCCAUCCCAGUCGAUCCCAUCAUGGUACCAAAUCUUGACGAUCCUGUUGAGCAAGAGAAGUCUCAUGAAAUAUCAGAACCUGUUAUAAAUUCAAAAAUUCAAGACAAGUAUGACCAGCUUGAAGAGAGGCUUAAAGCGGUUGAAGGUAAUGACACUUAUGGGGUUAUUGACGCCAACGAGCUUAGCCUAGUGCCUGACUUGGUUAUCUCACCAAAAUUUAAGACCCCAGAUUUCAAGAAAUAUGAUGGGAUAAAGUGUCCAUCUGCUCAUAUCACCAUGUUUUGCAGGAAGAUGACGGGUCAUAUCCAUAACGACAAAUUAUUGAUACACUAUUUUCAGGAUAGUUUGACUGGUUCAGUAGCUAAAUGGUACGUGCAAUUAGAUCGAAAUAAGAUCAAUUCAUGGAAAAACUUAGCCAAAGUUUUUCUUGCUUAG